AUGACCCUGGGAUUUCUCCCUGUGCAAGUGACUUGCGCUGCAGACGGCUUUCUUAUCGAAGAGGAUGCCGAGGGCCCGGUACUGAGCACGUCAUUCAACAUGCACAUCAAGAUCCAUCUUCCAGAUCUGAUGACGGCAUUGGUGACAUGGCAGGCAAAAGCAGCGGAGAACAAGCCCGAGGCGGAACACGUGCAGUCAGACCCCUCACACGCCGGGGCCAAGGAGACCGAGAACGAGCAAAUGGAGCCGCAAGCCAUGCAGUCUGACCUCUCGCACUCUCAGUGGGCUGCAUUGGGAAAUGCCCGGGGCGGAGUCUAUGCGUGGGACAAUUGGUUUGGAGGACCCUGGGCUGGUAUACCUGCUGCCAACUCGGCGCUGACUACAGAGCGUUCUAAGCGCCGGCAGCGUUCACGUGCAUCAAGAAGGAGGGCUACCAUCUGCACUCCGGGACUCGUGGCUGAGAAGUCCACAGAUUCGUUGGAUCACUGCGCUGAAGUCGAGACUACCACCUACGAUCCUGAUCCGGGAGUGGAGGCUGAGAACUCCACAGCUUUGUUAGAUCACCGCACUAAGGACGCGGCAGACGAGCGGUGGCGGGGGACUGGUGUUGGCGAGGCGGUCAUGGUGUCCCCAUACAGCGGGCGAUCAGAGCCGGAAGGCGGCUACAUGGAGGCCGUGGCGAAAGGCUUUGUCUUACAUGUACAUUUGGAUUCAGUUUCACCGUGUGAAGACGUGAAUGUAUACCAAUGCGACUACGUUUAUGCUUGGCACAAGGGAUCUGCACCUGCGAAGGGUGGGUGGCUGCCCAUCGAUGUUCUUCAGCUGAAGUGA